GAUACAGAAGAGAAAGUGAUUAACGACUACAAAAUGUUCAUAGGCUACAAUGUUCAUGGAUGCCCUCUCCUGGAAGAUCUUGCAUUUGGCUUUAAGGAUUGGAAGAUUCGAAAGGAAGAAGAGUUUCGUUUAGUACGAGAGAAUUGUGAUGCCUGUCAGAAUAGCAUGACAACAUUCUUAAAUCGACUGUUGGGACUGAUGUCACUUGAAAAGCCAACAGAGGAUGCUAACUCCGUGGUGGAUUUGGAUAACCUUCUGAGAUCCUAUAGCCAGGCUUUACAACAGGAGCUUGUAAUCACUGACCUCGAACAUAGCUCAGAUGCCAACAUGGUUGCCACAAUCUUAGCUGCCAUAUUAAAAGAAUUAAGAGGGGAAAUGAAGACACUAGAAAAUUUGAAAGGAGUCGCUUCUGACUUCACAAAUUUGAAGUCUUCCAUUGAACCAUGGCUGGAGGCUAGGCCAAACUUAGGAAGCAUCACAGAAAGGAGGAAGGCAAUCCGCAGCCUUAAAUCAAAACUUCGACACAAGGAGGCUGACAGACAAGACCUGGAGGAG